AUGUCAGAAAGUUUGAAAGAAUUGGACUUGCUACAGUCGCCUGUUUUUGUUACAGAAACCUUUACACAAAGGGCUCGUGAUAGUGGCUAUUUUGAGACCAAGUCCUGGGAAGAUCUUCUGCAAUGCUUUAAAUCUGCAAUUAUGAAAAUGUUCGAUGAAUUUUUGAAAGUUAAAGAGAGCCUUGUAUCUCUUCAGACAGGGUCAGCCUGUGGGAUGAACUUUAUCGUAGAUUCUAUCAAAUACAUCAGAGAACCAAAGAAUGAGAUUCUCAAGUGCUACUUCCAGUUUUACGAGCUGAAUAAUCCGCAAGGUGUAUUUGGUUUCACCGAUAUUAAUGAGUACACUUAUGUGAAAACAUAUCUAAGAAAGAGCACAUGGUAUUGUGAAGUUGAUAUGGAUAAUUUUUGGAAAUGA